AUGGCAGAGAAGGCCACCAGCCCCGGGGUGCCAAAGGGCGGCGCUAGGGCCGGGGCGUCCCUCCCCCCGGAGCCCAUCGACAUCAUCCGGACCAAGGCCCGGUCCCGGCGGGUCCGGAUCAACGUGGGCGGCCUCAACCACGAGGUCCUGUGGCGGACCCUGGACCGGCUGCCGCGCACGCGCCUGGGCAAGCUGCGCGACUGCAACACGCACGAGGCCCUGAUGGAGGUGUGCGACGACUACAGCCUGAACGAGAACGAGUACUUCUUCGACCGGCACCCGGGCGCCUUCACCUCCAUCCUCAACUUCUACCGCACGGGCAAGCUGCACAUGAUGGAGGAGAUGUGCGCGCUCUCCUUCGGCCAGGAGCUCGACUACUGGGGCAUCGACGAGAUCUACCUGGAGUCCUGCUGCCAGGCGCGCUACCACCAGAAGAAGGAGCAGAUGAACGAGGAGCUGCGGCGCGAGGCCGAGACGCUGCGGGAGCGCGAGGGCGAGGGCGAGUUCGACAACACCUGCUGCCCGGACAAGCGCAAGAAGCUCUGGGACCUGCUGGAGAAGCCCGGCUCGUCCGUGGCUGCCAAGAUAUUGGCCAUCAUAUCCAUUCUCUUCAUCAUACUUUCCACCAUCGCUUUAUCCCUCAACACCUUGCCUGAACUACAAGUGAUGGAUGAAUUCGGGCAGGCCAACGACAACCCUCAGCUUGCACACGUCGAAGCUGUUUGCAUCGCCUGGUUCACCAUGGAGUACCUCUUGCGGUUCAUGUCCGCGCCCAACAAGUGGAAGUUCUUCAAAGGGCCACUCAACGUCAUAGACUUGCUGGCUAUUUUGCCCUACUACGUGACUAUUUUCCUGACGGAAUCCAACAAAAGCGUUCUGCAGUUCCAGAACGUGAGGAGGGUGGUGCAGAUAUUCCGUAUCAUGAGAAUAUUGCGGAUUCUCAAACUUGCCAGACAUUCCACUGGAUUGCAGUCCCUUGGAUUUACCCUGAGAAGAAGCUACAAUGAGCUGGGCCUGCUGAUAUUGUUCCUGGCCAUGGGAAUUAUGAUAUUCUCAAGUUUGGUGUUCUUCGCUGAGAAGGAUGAGGAUGCCACCAAAUUUACCAGCAUUCCAGCUUCUUUCUGGUGGGCAACCAUCACCAUGACAACAGUCGGCUACGGAGACAUAUACCCGCAAACGUUGCUGGGCAAAAUCGUCGGCGGACUUUGUUGCAUCGCUGGUGUGCUGGUCAUUGCCUUACCCAUCCCCAUCAUCGUGAAUAACUUCUCCGAGUUCUAUAAGGAGCAGAAGAGGCAAGAGAAGGCGAUCAAGAGGCGAGAGGCCUUGGAGCGGGCAAAGAGGAACGGCAGCAUCGUGUCCAUGAACCUGAAGGACGCUUUCGCCCGGAGCAUGGAGCUGAUGGACGUGGUGGUGGAGAAGAGCGAGGACAAGCGCGUGGACAACCACCUCUCACCGAGCCGCUGGAGUAUCCCGAAACGCACAUCCUCAGAGGUCAGCCUGAAAUCGAUGGAGAAGAAAUAUCCAGAGCCUGUUCCCCAGGGGUCUCAGGAGAACAUUAAAAUGGGCAGUCCACAGCACCUCAGUGCUAGGAAACUGGAGCAAAUGUACAACCAGAUGACCAGGUCGCAGUCCUUCUCCAAUCUCACCUUGCCGACGAUCAUUCAGACCGAGGCGCCGCUGAAGCCGGAGGUGGAGCUGGAGCUGAAGGUGGUGUUGACCCCCGAGCCGCCCGCCAAGCCGCCCGUCACCGAGGUCCGAAGCAUAUCAAGCGUCGACAGCUUCACAAGCUGCACCAACGAAUUUGGCGAGGGCGACAAGUCUUCCAUUUCCUCCAACUCCACCGGGGGGCAGGGGCAGACGAAGCCUCAGAAGCCUCCCCCGCUUGAUCUAAGCCAGCUGACCCCGCCCGAGACGGGGUCCGAGGACACCAGCUCACGAGGAACCAUCCUGAAGGACGGCCUGUACGAGAUCGUCCCCAACAACCCGAGCAGUGACACCCUGACGAUGGCGGAGGAUAAUGAGGACGGGGAGGACGGGGAGUUGGACCAGGUGGGGGACGGCAUCCUAAGGGGCACCAACCCGGUCAAGACGAAGGGUCUGAAGGUCAACUUCGUGGAGACGCCGGAGGAGGCCCCUCUCACACCUCCCAGCACCUGCUCCCAGGAUAUCAGCAGCAGUAGCCUGCUGGAGGACGAGUCCCCCGACGGGGAGCAGACCUCGCUUUGCCCAGAGUCAGAGCCCCUUCUGGUGGUGCCGGAGGAGGACGAAGAGGAGGAGGGGGUGGAGGAGCAGGUACCUCCGCCGUUGGGGAACGCGAAUGAGGGAGACCCCCAGGCAAUGACGAAAUUGGCCCCACUCACAGGGGAGCUCAUAGAAGAGAAAGAGGAGGACUUGGCCCCGGAGAACUCUGAGGAGAAGGAGAAACCAGAGGAGGUGGAGGAGGAGGGGGGAGCCGAGCAGGAGGCCGGGGCGGCCUCCGUAGUGGGGGCCUUCUCACACAAAGCUGCCAAGCAGAACUGCACCCAAGGGGUGGUGGGCAACGCCGCGGGAGACGACAAAGCCGACAGCAACCAAAGUGGACACAAAGUGGAGAACCACAUGUUUACACCCGAGAUCCAUCUCAUGCCGGGAGAUGGCGAACCGUCCUCGACUUGUGAGACAAGCAUGUGA